CGAUUUAAGAAUUUAAGAUAGUACUACUAUCUUAAAUCGUGCUAUCUAGUAUUAGUAUAUAUUAGCUGUGAUAUCUGACUAGUCGGUGCCUCCAUAGAUUAUCCAUGUAUUGUUUAAUCUUAUAAUCUAUGGUGCCUCCAUGUGCUUGUCAAAAUGUCAACCAUGCGUUGUGGAACCGUUGUACCGUGUCUAACAGUAUUUCGUUUCAUGUGCGAACGUUUUUUUUUUUUUUUUUGGUAUAAUUGCGCAAAAAAAAAAAUUAGAAAAUUGAUAAAAAGAAAAGAAAAGGCGGCGCUGCUCGUCUACGUGAAAGCAAAAAAAAAAAAAUGCUACUUGUAGCCGGUUCUUCCUGUCAUAAUUUAGUCAGUAUGUUUAAGAAAGCCGAAUAUAAUCAGAUGGAAAUAACUGAAUCUGAUUAUUCUAAUUGUGAUGUAGGGGUAGAUGCCAAAACUCAAAUUAUCGAGCCUAAUGAUGAAUUAAAUGUGUCCAAUGAUAAUGUCAGUAUGAAAUCAAAUUAUAUAACUUAAGAAGUUAGUAAAUAAUUAUAUGACUUACAAAUUUAAUAUGAUUGAUUUUCAUACCUAUGUAGAUUUUAGAAAUUUAAAGAUUCAUUAUAUUUUAUCCAUCUAAUAUUUAUUAAAUGCACUUUUGUAGGUUUCUGAUAUAUCACAUACAAAGUAUGAGGAUCCAGUACAGCCAAAUCUAUGUAUUUAUCCCAGGAAUAGUGUAAAUAGAUCAUUUAGUUCAAAGUAUUAUAAAAUCUAUAAUUGGAUUGAAUAUUCCAUUAAAAAUGACAUGGUGUUUUGCUUUAUAUGUCGACACUUCACCGUGAAUACUAAUUCAAAAGUUGAUAGUACAUUCAUAAAUAAAGGUUUUAACUGUUGGAGGAAACAGACCGAGUCAUUUAAUAAACACAUGAGUAGUGAAAAACAUAAACUAAACAAUGAAAAAUAUGCGAUGUUUUUAAAUACAAAAAAGAAUGAUACCUCUGUUGCAAAUUCACUUAUCACAUCCCGAAAAAAAUAUAUUGAAGAUAAUCGUAAACAUAUUAUUUUAUUGUUAAAAGCCACACUAUUUUUAUCAAAGCAAGGCCUUCCCUUCAGGGGACAUGAUGAAUCUAAUGAGUCAACCAACCGUGGACAUUUUAUUGUUGUUAAAUACAUUUAAUGAUCCUGAAACUAUAACUAAAUUAUCUGCUAGAUAUGGUCACUAUACUUCUCCGGAAUACCAAAAUGAUUUGAUCAAGACUAUAGCUUCUAGUACUAGGAAAAAUAUUAUUGAAAAAAUUGCUUUUACUAGAGCUUAUUCCAUACUUGUUGACGAAACGAAAGACGUAAGCAAAAAGGAGCAGUUAUCAUUCAUCGUUAGAUUUGUUGAUGGCAACUUAAAUAUCCAUGAAAAAGCAAUUGGUUGCUAUCACAUGAAGAAAUGUGAUGCCUAUACUUUAAGUCAAGAAAUUCUCAAUAUUGCUGUCCAUAAUAAGUUAGAUAUACAAAAAUGUGUAGCACAGUGUUAUGACGGGGCAUCAGUUAUGAGCGGAUUAUUUUCAGGAGUUCAAAAAAGAAUAGUAGAUAUUGUGCCACAUGCUAUCUAUAUUCACUGUCAUGCUCACCGUCUUAACUUAUGUUUGGUGAAUACAAUUCAAAAUAAUAAUAUUGUAGUUGAUUUUUUUGACACAGUUCAAUCACUGUAUAAAUAUUUAAUGAAUGGGCAUACACGAUAUGAGUUAUUUAUGAAAAUUCAAAGAGACGAGAAAUUAAAAGAAAUACAUUUAGAACGUCUGGUAGAAACUCGGUGGUCCUAUUGGCAUUCAUCUCUAAAAAAAAUUCAAAUACGGUAUAGUGAAAUUAAAGAUGUAUUAAAAGUAUUAGCAGUUCAAGAUGAUCAAGCAGCCAGAGCUAUAGGUUUACUAGAGGAAAUAUCAACUUUUUGGUUUAUUUUAAUUUUGUAUAUUAUGGAACAAAUUUUGAGCACUAUUCAUUGUUUAUCAUGUCAAUUUCAAUGUUCUACAAUUUUAUUACCCAAAGCUAUAAAUUUAGUAACUUCAACAAAAAAUCAACUAAUAAAUCUACGAUCUGAAGAAAAUUUUACAUAUAUUUAUAACGAAGCAAAAAUAUGUGCUAUAAAGAACCAAGUAACCAUUGAAAAGGAAGAAGAAUUUAUUCGCCUCAGAAAAAAAUAUGAACCAUCAAAAAAAUUUGAAGACUUUUUUAUAAUGAGUACUUUAGGUCAAGCAGGAACUAAGCAAGCAAAACAUAAUGGGAAAAAUGUAAAAACUGAUGUAUUGUUUAAUGUCAUAGACAGGUAAAAACUUAAAAUUUAAAAAUCAUCUAUGUGCAGCGUUGGAAAGUAUUUAUGUUACGAAAUUUUUAAAUUUAAU